CCGGGGGAUUCAGACCAGACGCGUCGAUCGCAGAUCACGAAGAUGGCGGAUCGGUGAGCGAUGCGCUGAACUUCACUUUCUUCUCCCCGCCUCACCGAGCCCUCCGCCGCUUCCACUCCACCCGGGACUAACUUCUCCUCAUCGUACCGUAAGGGCUAACGUAGCGGCUACCUGCUAGCGGAGUUAGCCCAGACUUCACUCCGGGCUCCUCCGUGCGGACCCCGCCGCUCCGUCCGCGGUCCUUCGACGGCCUAGUACCGCCUCCAGCACAGCCUCUUCGCCACGACGUACGCAGCUCAGACCUCCUCGAGAAGCCCCCCCACCCCCCACGGAGACGGUGUUUUUAAGAGAUGAGUCGGACCGUUCACGGCAGGGGCCGGAGCCCCCAGCGCAGGCCCACAUCAGCGGACCCUCAGCCCAGAUCUGAGGCCUCCUUCCUGGGCUGCUUCUGAGGGACGCCCCCCCUGGUGUCCUCUGACCACGGCCCGACAUCCAGCCCACCUGAGGGGAGAUGACAGACAGGAAGAGCUGCUGAUCUGCCCAGACGGGAGGAGGAGGAGGAGGGCGAGAGGGGUAGCGGUGGUGUGUGUGUGUGUGUGUGUGUCUAUGUCUGUGUGUGUGUGUGCGUGUGUGUGUGUGCACACGCACGUUCGUCAGACCAAAUCCUCUUAGACGUUGGCUGAGCUAAGGACUGCAGUGAGAGAGUGAGAGAGCGAGAGAGGGAAAAAGAGAGAGAGAGAGAGUUAUAAGAGAUACAGAUAAAGUGAAAGGGUAAAUACUGAAGAUUAGAUCGUAAGCCGUUGGAUCCGCCAGCCCGGACCCCCUUACCAGACUCCCCGGGCCCAGGGAGGUGCAGCGGGAGCCGGGGCAGGCCUGGAGCAUCACCGGGGACGGUUGGCGUGGCGAUGGGGGUCAUGGUGACCUAAAGUAAAUGGCUGCUCCUCCGCUUCACUCAGCGCCUCUUCCUGCCGCUCAGCCCUCCUCCUUCUCCUCCUCUUGCUCCUCGCGCUCCCUCUUCGCCCCUCGUGUACCCCGGCCGCCGGCAGCAUGGUGGGCGCCGCCGCGGGCGUCUGGAGGCUGGUGCGCGGCAUGCGCCAGCUGGAGCUGCACCGGCUGGUCCUGGUGCUCAUCUUCUUCUGCCUGCUCUCCAUGGCCUGCCUGGCCUACUACGUCUCCAACAACCCCAAGAUCAAGGAGGCCCCGCCCAUGCCCUUCAGCGACUGCGGCGGGGGGCCGGGCCUGGCGGCGGCGCCGGGCGGGGCCAGCACGGAGGGCGGGCCGGGCGGCCAGCGGGCCCCCCUGUACCUGCCCCCCCGUAACGGCCGCCUGCGCAUGGUGAAGGCGGUGGACACGUCGCGCGCCGAGCCCGUGGUGCUGGUGUUCGUGGAGAGCGUCUACUCCCAGCUGGGCCAGGAGAUCGUGGCCAUCCUGGAGUCGAGCCGCUUCCGCUACCGGACGGAGAUCGCCCCGGGGAAGGGCGACAUGCCCACGCUGACGCUGCACAACCGCGGCCGCUACGCGCUGGUCAUCUACGAGAACCUGCUCAAGUACGUCAACCUGGACGCCUGGAACCGCGACCUGCUGGACAAGUACUGCGCGGAGUACGGCGUGGGCGUGAUCGGCUUCUUCAAGGCCAACGAGAACUCCCUGCACAGCGCGCAGCUCAAGGGCUUCCCGCUCUUCCUGCACUCGCACCUGGGCCUGCGGGACUACCGCAUCAACCCCGGCGCCCCGCUGCUGUACGUCACGCGGCCCAACCAGGUGGAGCAGGGCCCGCUGCCGGGCGACGACUGGACCGUGUUCCAGUCCAACCACUCCACCUACGAGCCCGUGCUGCUCGCCAGCGCCAAGGCGGCCGACGCGCAGGCGUUCGCGGCGCCGCCCAGCUCGCUGAACGGCGCCGGCCGGAACCUCCACGCCACCGUGGUGCAGGACCUGGGGCUGCUGGACGGGGUCCAGCGGGUCCUGUUCGGGAACAACCUCAACUACUGGCUCCACAAGCUGAUCUUCGUGGACGCCAUCGCCUACCUGACGGGGCGCCGGCUGUGUCUGACCCUGGAGAGGCACAUCCUGGUGGACGUGGACGAUAUCUUUGUGGGCAAGGAGGGGACGCGCAUGAAGGUGUCCGACGUGGAGGCCUUACUGAACACUCAGAACAAGCUGAGGUCCCUGGUUCCCAACUUCACUUUCAACCUGGGCUUUUCCGGGAAGUUCUUUCACACAGGGACGGACGAGGAGGACGAGGGCGACGACAUGCUACUGAAGCACCGGCGGGAGCUGUGGUGGUUCCCCCACAUGUGGAGCCACAUGCAGCCCCACCUGUUCCACAACGUCACCGUGCUGGCAGAGCAGAUGAGGCUCAACAUGCUGUUCGCCCAGGAGCACGGGAUCCCCACUGACAUGGGCUACGCGGUGGCACCCCACCACUCGGGGGUGUACCCGGUCCACAGCCAGCUGUACGAGGCCUGGAAGACGGUGUGGGCCAUCCAGGUCACCAGCACCGAGGAGUACCCCCACCUGCGACCCGCGCGCUACCGCCGCGGCUUCAUCCACAGCGGCAUACAGGUGCUGCCCCGCCAGACGUGCGGUCUGUUCACACACACCAUCUUCUACAACGAGUACCCCGGGGGGUCCAAGGAGCUGGACAAGAGCAUCAGGGGGGGCGAGCUCUUCCUCACUGUGCUCCUCAACCCGAUCAGCAUCUUCAUGACCCACCUGUCCAACUACGGCAACGACCGGCUAGGCCUGUACACCUUCGAGUCCCUGGUGAAGUUCGUCCAGUGCUGGACCAACCUCAGGCUGCAGACCCUGCCCCCCAUCCAGCUGGCCGAGAAGUACUUCCAGAUCUUCCCCCAGGAACGGGAUCCUCUGUGGCAGAACCCGUGUCAUGACAAGAGACACAAAGACAUCUGGUCCAAGGAGAAGACCUGCGACAGACUCCCCAAGUUCCUCGUCAUCGGGCCCCAGAAAACAGGCACCACGGCCCUCCACUCGUUCCUGAGCCUCCACCCAGCCAUCACCAGCUCCUUCCCCAGCCCCGUCACAUUCGAGGAGAUCCAGUUCUUCAGCGGGCCAAACUACGACAACGGCAUCGACUGGUACAUGGACUUCUUCCCCUUCCCCUCCAACGUCAGCACGGACUUCAUGUUCGAGAAGAGCGCCAACUACUUCGACACGGAGCUGGUGCCCAAGCGGGCCGCCGCCCUGCUGCCCAGAGCCAAGAUCCUGGCCGUGCUCAUCAGCCCCUCGGACCGGGCCUACUCCUGGUACCAGCACCAAAGGGCGCACCGCGACCCGGCUGCCCUGAACAACACCUUCCACGCGGUGGUGACGGCCGGCCCCCAGGGGCCCCGCGACGUCCUGGCCUUGCAGAGACGCUGCCUCAGGCCCGGGACCUACGCAGCACACCUGGAGCGCUGGCUGCAGCACUACCAGCCCAGCCAGAUGCACAUGGUGGAUGGCUCUCUGCUACGCUCCAACCCCGCACUGGUGAUGGAGGCCAUUCAGAGGUUCCUGGGGAUCAGCCCCACCUUCAACUACACCCAGGCCCUGGUGUUCGAUGAGACCAAGGGCUUCUGGUGUCAGAAGACGGAGGGCGGCCGGCCCAAGUGUCUGGGGAAGAGCAAGGGGAGGAAGUACCCCGAGAUGAACGCUGAGACGCGAGCCUUCCUGGCAGAGUACUACCGAGAACACAACACAGAACUCCUCCGGCUGCUGAACCGGCUCGGCCAAUCACAGCCCGGCUGGCUGAGGGAAGAGCUCCAGGGGACCAGUAGAAGCUGAGGGGGCCCCCAGGCCACGCCCCCAUCCUGCCCAGACCCACAGGAGCCGCGGGCCCCCGCCGGGCCCCGGCCGUGGGAACACACACAGACCCGGACUCUCGCCGUUUGUGACUCCAAACAACAAUAACCACAACAGGAAGUUCAACAUUGGACUUUUAUUGUGAAGGACAGGACAGGCUCCUCCCGUUACCAAGUUGACGGUCCCUCUUCAUAGGAAAGGAAAGAAGGGGGGGGGACUGGGCUGAAGAAGAGGAGGAGCCACGAGGAUGAGGACGGCUCUUCGUCUAAAAACAUUUCCUGUCUGUUAGCAAAAUAAAAGCGCAGCAGCGGCGUCUUAAGCAGCCUUACCCGCAGGAAGUCCUGCCACGCGGACGCAGCGACUGUCAAAGUAACAGCGCGCCUCUCCAGGAGAUUGAUUGUAAAGCCUAUGUACAUUUAGUUUAUUUUAUUUUUGAAACCGGCUGCUGUGUGUUGCGGGAGGGGGGGGGGGGGUGCAAGGGGAUGUGGGGAACUUAAGGAACAGACUUAAUCAAGACGGUUUCCACACUUAACCUCCCGCUGAAACCCCUCAAACAAAGGCAGCAUUAGUUUUUUAUUUGAGUUUUCUAUGACAUACGGCCAGUGGUACGUUCUAUAUUCAGACUCGCAGCGCCUCGGUCUCAUGUGGUCAUAAGAGAGGGGGUGAACUGAUGAACUCAUUGCUGUACAGCGAGCCACUUAGCUCCGAGAGAGAAGAAGAGGAGAUGUGGAUGUCUCCUUCUCCUCCGAGAGAGCAGAGGAGAGGUGGAUGUCUCCUACUCCUCAGAGAGAGGAGAGGAGAUAAGGGAAGGAGACAGGAGAGGAGAUAAGGGAAGGAGACAGGAGAGGGGAGGUGGAUGUCUCCUUCCAGAAACCUUACUGUUGUCGUUCCGGAUCCUCACUAUACAGAAACCUACAGUUUUAUUUUUUUAUGUUCAGUGCAGAGGAAGUGAUGUCAGAGGGAGCCUCGAGUGAGAGCGGGAACGGACUCGAACCGUGAAGCUGCUGUUCUCUCCUCCUGUCCUCGUUUUAUACAGACGUGGUAACAGGCCCAGCCCAUCACUGUAUCAAGAUAAUAAACACAUAGAGGUUGGAAAUACC